ACUGGGCGUCCUUGCGGCGGCAGAUCUCGAUGAACUGCUUGAUGUCGGAGACUUCGGCAGGCAUGUUGGCGGUAUUGGGGUCGAAAACGUGGAUUUGUCGAGCUUCGCUGGAAGUUCGCAGGAGCGCUUCACGCCCGCCCAAAUCGUUGUGGUCUCGCUUAGAAACGCUCGGGCUGCUAUGGGGCGGUUCCGGGCUAGCUCGGGAUGGGCUUGGUGCGGGUGGGGGGCGCGUGGCGGGGCUGGAGCUGCGGCCUGGACGUGCGACGGAGGGUGCUGCUUGCGAGUGUAUAUAUAUUUCCUUAUAACUACCUGCUUUAUCGACUGCGCUGCUUCUCAUCGCUCGCUUUUGUCAAUAAUAGCGAGCACUCGCUGUUCAACCUUGAUAAGCCCAUCAUGCCGACGCCCCUCGAUCGCGCAACGAACCAACGUGCGCCCUUCUUCGCCUUCGCCGCGCUCAUCACGGGUGUUGCUGCCUGGAGUAUCUGGGGCCAGGAUCUGUUUCCUAGCGCAGACCCAACUGGUGACCCCGAGACGUGGACGCGCGACCAGUGUAUCGCCUGGCUCAACCACCGCGACCUCCAUCCCUCGCCGCUUGCCACCACGCCUGAGCUGCUGGAGCGCAUCAAGGCCAACAUGAGGGUCAAUAGCGAUGGCACCUACGGCGCAACUGGCCGUCAGUAGAUUCUUCUGUUCAUUGUUCAUAGUGAUGGCAAGUCUUGCUUCUAAAUUGAUAUCGGCGUGGCGUUUAGGUUUGCGUGGGUUUCCGAUACCCUGUUCAGUACACAUCAAUUGAUACUCAGACCCGCAGAUAACUUGUGUGAUCAGCGAUUGUUCGAUGGGACCAGGCACGAGCU